AUGGUUUUCAUGCUGCUGGAUCAUCAGAAUGACAUGAAUCUUCAGGAUGUCAGGGACUUUCUCCCUCGAGGGUCGGGCAUCAUAACCAGACGGCCUCUUGUGCUGCAGCUUGUUACUUCCAAAGCAGAAUAUGCUGAAUUUCUACAUUGCAAAGGAAAAAAAUUUACAGACUUUGAUGAAGUUCGCCAUGAGAUUGAAGCAGAAACAGAUCGAGUAACUGGAAUGAAUAAAGGCAUUUCCUCCAUACCCAUUAAUUUACGAGUCUACUCUCCACAUGUGUUAAAUCUCACACUUAUCGACCUACCUGGAAUUACUAAAGUGCCCGUGGGAGAUCAGCCACCAGAUAUUGAGUAUCAGAUCAGAGAAAUGAUUAUGCAGUUCAUCACGCGGGAGAACUGUCUGAUUUUGGCUGUUACCCCAGCCAACACCGAUCUUGCAAACUCAGAUGCACUGAAGCUAGCUAAAGAAGUUGAUCCUCAAGGUUUAAGAACCAUUGGAGUCAUCACCAAAUUGGAUCUUAUGGAUGAAGGAACAGAUGCCAGGGAGGUUCUAGAGAACAAGCUGCUGCCUCUUCGCAGGGGUUAUGUGGGGGUGGUAAACAGAAGCCAGAAGGAUAUAGAUGGGAAGAAGGACAUUAAGGCUGCCAUGUUGGCCGAAAGGAAAUUUUUUCUCUCGCACCCGGCUUAUAGACAUAUUGCUGAUCGGAUGGGGACCCCACACCUGCAGAAGGUCCUUAAUCAGCAACUUACCAACCACAUUCGAGAUACCCUGCCAAACUUCAGGAACAAGCUACAGGGACAGUUGCUCUCCAUAGAACAUGAAGUGGAAGCCUACAAAAACUUCAAGCCAGAGGACCCCACCAGGAAGACCAAGGCAUUGCUGCAGAUGGUUCAGCAAUUUGCUGUGGACUUCGAGAAGAGAAUUGAAGGGUCAGGGGAUCAAGUAGAUACCCUGGAGCUCUCAGGAGGGGCUAAAAUCAAUCGUAUAUUCCACGAACGCUUUCCUUUUGAGAUAGUAAAGAUGGAGUUCAAUGAAAAAGAAUUGCGAAGAGAAAUAAGCUAUGCAAUCAAAAACAUACAUGGUAUCAGGACAGGGUUGUUUACUCCAGACAUGGCAUUUGAAGCGAUAGUCAAAAAGCAAAUCGUAAAGCUGAAAGGACCUUCCUUGAAGAGUGUAGAUCUGGUCAUACAAGAAUUAAUCAACACUGUCAAGAAGUGUACCAAAAAACUGGCAAACUUCCCCAGACUCUGUGAGGAAACAGAAAGGAUUGUUGCCAACCACAUUCGCGAACGAGAAGGGAAGACGAAGGACCAGGUACUGCUCUUGAUUGACAUCCAAGUCUCCUACAUCAACACCAACCACGAAGAUUUCAUUGGGUUUGCAAAUGCUCAGCAGAGGAGCAGUCAGGUUCACAAGAAAAACACAGUUGGAAAUCAGGGAACCAAUCUUCCGCCUUCAAGGCAAAUUGUGAUUCGCAAGGGGUGGCUAACCAUCAGCAACAUCGGCAUCAUGAAAGGAGGCUCUAAGGGAUACUGGUUUGUCCUUACUGCUGAAAGCUUGUCCUGGUACAAAGAUGAUGAGGAAAAAGAAAAGAAGUAUAUGCUCCCCUUGGACAACCUGAAAGUUCGAGAUGUGGAAAAGAGCUUUAUGUCUAGCAAGCACAUCUUUGCACUUUUUAAUACAGAACAAAGGAAUGUAUACAAAGACUAUCGCUUCCUUGAGCUGGCAUGUGACUCACAGGAGGAUGUAGACAGCUGGAAGGCAUCUCUGCUAAGAGCUGGGGUUUAUCCUGAUAAGUCUUUAACUGAAAAUGAUGAGAAUGGCCAAGCAGAAAACUUUUCCAUGGACCCACAACUGGAGAGGCAAGUGGAGACCAUCCGCAACCUCGUAGACUCCUACAUGUCUAUCAUCAACAAAUGUAUCCGAGAUCUAAUUCCAAAAACAAUAAUGCACCUUAUGAUCAAUAAUGUUAAAGAUUUCAUAAACUCAGAGCUCCUUGCACAGUUAUAUUCCUCAGAGGACCAAAAUACCCUGAUGGAGGAAUCUGCUGAGCAGGCUCAGCGCCGGGAUGAGAUGCUUCGAAUGUACCAAGCCCUUAAAGAAGCCCUGGUGAUCAUUGGCGACAUCAACACUGCCACCACGUUCACCCCUGCACCACCUCCUGUGGAUGACUCCUGGAUACAGCAUUCCCGCAGGUCCCCCCCGCCAAGCCCCACCACCCAGAGGCGGCCAACGCUGAGUGCUCCCCUCACGCGGCCCGCGUCUGGCCGAGGGCCUGCGCCCGCCAUUCCCUCCCCCGGCCCGCACUCCGGGGCGCCCCCGGUGCCCUUCAGGCCCGGACCGCUCCCCCCUUUCCCCAGCAGCAGCAGCAGCAGCGAUUGGUUCGGGGCGCCCCCGCAAGUUCCCUCCAGGCCCACGAGGGCCCCGCCCAGCGUCCCCAGGCGACCCCCUCCUGCAGUUCCAGGACGACCAUCCUAACACCCAUGAUUCAUCUCCUUUUGUUUCCAACAACAUGUCUAUCCAUGGUAUUUCAAAGCCUUUCAUUUGCACUACAUAUGUACAUAAAAACUUUUAUUUUUGAUCCAUGUCUAUAAUAAAAACAAAGUUUAUUCUAUAU